UCUGGUUUACACCCCCACCGCAACCCGCAACCAGUUUUGUUUUUUUAAGAAUCGGAGAAAAAUUAGUUUUCCAUGUCCGACGCACACUUGGAAGCGCCACCUUCGGUGCGGCUGACCAACGAUGACUUCCGUAAACUAUUGGCCACACCUCGUGCACCGCCAGCCAGCAGCGGUGGAAGCACAUCGACCGCUGGCGCUGGAGCAUCCGGAUCCCUAGCCACAGCCCAGUUUGCGACUCCCGCGUCGGUCGGAGAGAAAAAGAAAAGCAGCAGCAGCAGCGAGAGGAACGAUUUGAGGAGAAAGAAAAAGAACUUCUAUGCAGCGCUUAAGAAGCAAGAGGAUGUCAAGCUGCAGGAGCUAUCCGAAAAGUACAGGGAUCGUGCUCGAGAACGACGUGACGGAGCUAAUCCUGAUUAUGUAGGCGCCAGUACUCCCGGUCAUGGCAGCAGUACCAAUGCAUACCGAGCCGUAGCCCCGGACAUGAAGUCGGGCAUCGAUGCCGCCGAACGUAGGCGCCGCAUCAUUCAGGAAUCCAAGUUCUUGGGUGGUGACAUGGAGCACACCCAUUUGGUGAAGGGUUUGGAUUACGCACUGCUGCAGAAGGUGCGUUCCGAACUGCACUCGAAAGAGGCGGAGGAGGAGGAAAUUGCUGCUGCAGUAGCCCGCGAGAAACUGGCAGAGGCGGCAGCAGCUGCCGAGCAACUGGAGGCAGAGCGCCGGGAAUCCGAAGAUAUAAAUGCCAUCAACAGUUCCAUGGCACGUAGCAUCUACAAUCAAAUUCAGGCUCGUCGCUCCAAGGAGGUGCCGCGCAAUGAACUCUUUGCCCCCGGACGCAUGGCUUAUGUCAUCGAUCUGGAUGACGAACUGGGCGAGUCGGAUAUACCGACAACGCUGAAGCGUUCCAAGUUCGAGGUGCCAGUGGCUCGCGAAGAUAUAGCCACUCUGACCACCAAUGACAUUGUAAUUAACAAACUAUCGCAAAUCUUAAGCUAUCUCCGUGCCGGCGGACGCAAUAAGAAGAACAAGAAGCGAGACAAGGAUAAGCCACUCUUCUACGAGAAGGAAAUUGAGCACAUCCGUGGCCGUCAUCAGUCCAGCAGCAGUAGCAAUGCUGCCAGCAAACAGGUCGCUAGUAAACCAGAAGCCUUGGGUGACAGUAUCUACGAUGAUGUGGGCGACUAUCAGCCUUCGGCAUCACGAAGAGAUCGAAACAACGAUCAGACAUCCAAGACACAUGCCCCACAAUCUUACUUUGGUGAUGCACCGCCCGAAGCCGCUGAACCAGUCAUCACGAGCAUACCGCCGCCACCAAAAAUAUCCAAGGCCAUGGCUUCCAGGUUUGCCAACGAGCCAGAGGGCUACGCUGAAUGCUAUCCAGGAUUGGAGGAAAUGAACGAUGCCAUUGAUGACUCGGACGAUGAGGUGGAUUACACUAAAAUGGAUUUGGGCAAUAAGAAAGGACCAAUUGGCCGCUGGGACUUUGAUACACAGGAAGAGUAUUCCGAUUAUAUGAGCACCAAGGAGGCCUUGCCCAAGGCAGCCUUUCAGUAUGGCGUCAAGAUGCAGGAUGGCCGUAAGACUCGCAAAAACAAAACGGAGAAGAAUGAAAAGGCCGAGUUGGAUCGGGAGUGGCAGAAAAUUCAGACCAUCAUACAAAAGCGAAAGUUGCCCAAAGAUGGUGGUGGUGGAGGCGGUGGAGGAGGAGGUGGUGGUGGUGGUAGUGAUGAGCCUGAAUACAAAUCAGCGAAAUAUUAGAAUUCUCUUGAAACAUUAUUUUAUAAUUUUAUUGUAAUGCUGUAAAACUCUAAAUAUAUAUAAGUAUGCCAUGUACUUGUAUAAUAUAUAUAUCUAUAUAUAGAUUUAUAUAUAGAAUUCUUAUAUUGCUUUAUCACUAUAA